AUGUGCCAACACGACAUCGAAGCCAACGGAUGGACUGCCGUGCCAGUCGAUGCCGGAAAGAUCUUUGGCGACAAACCAUUCCUCCACGAACCGGCACCCAUCUCGGUCCAAGACAUCCAGUUUCCGUCCGAUGACCCGGUCGUCGCGAAGACUCUGACCUAUGCCAAAGAACGCCUCCACGCUCAAACCUUCAACCACUCCAUGAGAGUCUUCUACUAUGGCAUGGCAAUCACUAAACAACAAUUCCCGGAGAAGGCCUCUUCCUUUUCCCCCGCGACCUGGGCCCUGACCUGUCUCCUCCACGACAUCGGUACGGCGGAGGAGAACCUGACCGCGACCCGCAUGUCCUUCGACAUCUACGGCGGCAUCAAAGCCCUCGACGCCCUCAAGGACCACGGCGCCACCACGGACCAGGCCGAGGCCGUCUGCGAAGCAAUCAUCCGCCACCAGGACAUGGGGGUCGACGGAACGAUUACGUACCUGGGGCAGCUGAUCCAGCUGGCCACGCUGUACGACAACGUCGGCAGGCACCCCAACGUGAAGGCCUUUGACAAGAUGGUUCACGACAAGACGAGGAGGGAGAUCAACGACGCUCACCCGAGACUGGGGUGGUGUUCGUUCUUUGCAGGGACGAUUCGCAAGGAGGAGGAGAUCAAGCCAUGGUGCCACUCGACGCAUAUUGUGGGUUUUGAUAGGGAGAUUGAGAGCAACACUUUGAUGAAGGAGUGGGAGUAA